CAGCAUGUGAAGCGAACAUAGCCUAGAUUUCUUUCUUCGUGUGCUCUCCAGCCGCAUGUUGAGUUCUCUUAAACUUCUCUACUCACUGUAGUAAAACUAAAAUCAAAAUGGCCGAGUGCACAAUUAGAACUCGCAAGUUCAUGACCAACAGACUGCUCUGCCGCAAGCAGAUGGUUGUCGAUGUCCUCCAUGCAGGACAACCUUCAGUGAGAAAAACUGAAAUCCGCGAGAAACUCGCGAAGAUGUAUAAGGUGACACCCGACGUGGUGUUUGUAUUUGGUUUUGCCACAAACUUCGGUGGUGGCAAAUCCACAGGAUUUGCUCUCGUCUAUGAUACCUUAGACUAUGCCAAGAAAUUCGAGCCUAAAUACAGGCUACAGCGACAUGGUCUGUAUGAGAAACAGAAGCAGACCAGAAAGCAGAGGAAGGAAAGGAAGAAUAGGAUGAAGAAGGUCAGAGGAACCAAAAAGAGCAAAGUAGGAGCUGCUUCAAAGAAGUAAAUCCUACUCUCAGAUUGAGACAUGAAGCUGGUGAAUUACGCACGUAUUUGUAUUAUUAUCUUUUAAUAAAUUUCAUGUCUUAACGACAA